GGCGAAAGCGACGGCGAGGAUGAGGGCGACGGCGAGGGCGAGGAUGCUUUAAAGGGCGACGAGUCGACUUUCAACAGAGUCCGUUAUGCUCGUCUUGUCUGCAACACGCACCCAUCGCCAGGCAACUAGUCUAGAGGCGGGAAGAAGAGUCGACUUUAUCUCUGCCCAACUGGCCGGCAUACGCCCAGUUUGCAGAAAGCCCAAUCAUUGA